AUGACAGAUGUUUCUUCAUUAACACUAACCCCACACAAAGUGACCUCUGACCCUAGCCAGAGAGCAGCACUAAUACUAAAGGAACAAAACGUGACCUCUGACACGGUGACCUUACCUGGGCAUGUGCGGACAGUUGAGGUGUGUUGCCACGACACACCUGAGCCGUGUGUCGGUCAUCUGUCAGCUGACAACCUGACCGUGUCGUCCAACACAACGUGUGUGUCGUACGGCAUCACACGGCAUACAACAACUUAUCUGACGUACAGCUAUACCAUAUGUGGUCUGGCAUCCAGCAGGAGGUUUACAGUACUGGUAGAUGGGCACAAUUUUUCAGCAUCAACUGUUAAAACAACAUCAACACCUGGUGGUGUAUCAGACACAGAAACCAUUUCUAGCUUUACCAUAGACGGGAGGACUGUGGUCAAUAAUACAACAGGGAUAACUCUAUACACGGACACAGACCAGGAGAAGUCGACUGUUUUGGUUGUCGCCCUUUCUGUGUCUAUCGCACUGCUUGUUCUGUUGUUAUUGGCUCUGUUGGUUUUCUACAUUUGUAAAGGUAAACGUCUCCUACAGAACCUCACUGAGAUGGUGGGAGGGUCUGAGUCGGCCAAAAUCCCGCGGACAGCCGGCGAUGACGUCACCACUGAGCACGUGUACGAGUCUGUUAUUUACACUGACACUGCCGGUGUCAGGGUGGACGUCUGGCAAACUGACAUGACAGACAGUUCGUUAAUUAAACUGGACACAUCACUAGCUAAUGAUGAGUACAUCAUUCCGUCUGACCUCGUGUAGGGUAAGA